GAACGUCUUCAGUUCUAUGUCGCGAUUACACGUUUCUAUUUCAGCAGUCGCAAACAAGUAAGUGAGGCUCUCAAGACUUGUGAAAAAAAAACUCCUACUCUGCUUCUUCAAUUCAAGAAUCAAUUUGCUAACUCUGUGCUAAAUUGAGACAUCUAUUCGUCAUUCUUGAGUUCGUAUUUGAGAACAAGUUCCAAUCACUACCAAAUAUUCUUCAAAUGGAAAUGCAGGAAAUCAGUUCGCCAAAUAAAUCAGUUGGUGCUGCUGUAGGUGAUGAAAGUGAAAUCCUUCAGCCAGGUACCAAAAUUAAACCUAAUAUUACCGUGAAAGAGGUUGAAAAACUCGCAGAAAGAUUAUACGGCAUAACAGCACUGGAGAUAAGUGAAAUUAUUUCGUACGACGAUCGAAAUUUCUUUAUAAGUGAAGACAGGAACAUCAAAAAUCCAAUCAUUGCCAAUCAUUCCAAUCACGGGUACAUCCUCAAAGUCCUUAACGCAUUGGAUUCUCACAAAGCAGGAUUUGUUGAUGCACAAAUCAAAUUAAUGCUCUUUUUGGGCCAACAAAAUAUCUCCUGUCCUAAACCUAUUAUGAAUGUUUAUGGAAAAUAUUUUUCCACUGAACUUCUUGGAACAACGAAACACAUUAUAAGACUCCUUGAAUACAUCCCAGGCAAAAUCUUGAAGGAGAUUACACCAACGAAUAACCUUAUUUAUCAAGCGGGAUUAUUUGUUGCUAAAUUCGAUCGAGCUAUUAAGCAUUUUACUCAUGAUGCAUACAAGACUCAUAAGUCUCUAUGGAUGUUGGAUUGUGUACCAAAACUCGAAGAAUUUUCCUAUGCUCUUAAGGACAUAUCGAAGCAAGAGAUAGUCGAGGAAGUAAUUGCUGAAUUUAAAACUAAAGUUAUGAAUCACUAUGAUAAAUUUGAUAAAGGUGUGAUUCAUGGUGACUUCAAUGAGCAUAACUUUCUUGUAAACAAGUGCACAUCAACAGACCAAAAGGAAUAUGUUAUAAGUGGAAUUCUUGAUUUUGGAGACACCUGUUAUUCUCUUUAUAUUUUUGAACUAGCCAUUGCAAUGGCCUACAUGAUGCUUCAAACGGGACAACUUGAGACUGGUGGAUACUUUCUCGCUGGAUAUGAAUCUAUAAGACUCGUCCCUCAACACGAAUUUGAUGUUUUAAGGGUUUGCGUGGCGGCUCGUUUAUGCCAAAGCUUGGUUUUGGGAAUUUACACCCACACACUUGAUCCUGAAAAUGAAUACCUUCUGUCUUCUCAAAAAAAUGGCUGGGAGCUACUACAGAUGUUGUGGUCCGAAGAAGGGAAACAAGCACCAACAUUAUGGCGUGAAACUGCUGAUGCAUACCUCAAGCAAAGUUACAAAUAAUAAAACAACUCAAAAAUAUUAAGGAAAUACAGAUUAUCUAUUAUUUGUAAGCUUUACAUUGUAUAGAAAGGUACAAUAAAGUCAUAAGAAUAAUUUAGGAUCAAA